CACUAAUUACUUUAAUUCUACUUUUUUAAUGUUUUUUUUAACUUCAUCUGUUUGUUCGUUGUUUUGAGUUUCUAUGUCGUUGAGAAUGAUUUCUAAGCUAUUCCGCUGAUUGAAGGGGCCGGUUAUCGGUUUGGCGUUGAAUGGCGGAAGAGGUGCAAGCGGAUGUGAGAAUUUUACUAGUCGGAGAGCAAGGCGUCGGAAAGACGUCGUUGGUGAUGAGCUUGCUUGAAGAUGAAUGGGUUGAACAUGUACCUCCGAAGCUGGAAAGGGUACUAAUUCCUGCAGACGUUACACCUGAAAAUGUUACAACAUCCAUUGUCGAUUGUUCAGUGGGCGGCGAAGGAGACGCCUACAUAGUUUCCGAAUUGAAACAUGCAAAUGUUGUGUGUAUUGUUUACACAGUGUCCGAUGACAGCACCAUCAAGAAAGUUACGGAUAGAUGGUUACCUUUACUACGUGACGUUUAUGGAACAGACCACGAAAUUCCGGUGAUUCUAGUAGGAAACAAGUCUGAUGGACCGACGAAUCACACUGAUAAGGUGCUUCCUAUAAUGGAAAAGUGGCCUGAGGUUGAGACGUGCGUGGAAUGCUCGGCUAAGACUAUGAAGAAUGUGAGCGAGAUAUUCUUCUAUGCUCAGAAAGCUGUGGUCCAUCCCACAAGACCAUUAUACGAUGCGGAUGAGAAGAGACUUACAGACAAAACGAGAAAAGCUCUGAUACGAGUGUUCAAGAUCUGCGACAGAGACAAUGACGGUUACCUGAACGAUUCGGAACUUAAUGAGUUUCAAAAGUUGUGUUUUGGUAUACCAUUGACCUCAGCGGCUAUUGAGGAUGUGAAAAGAGCAGUUGCGGAUGGUUGUUCAGAUGGAAUAGUCGAUGGAGCGUUGUCACUGCCGGGUUUUCUCUAUCUCAAUCUUCUGUUUAUCGAACGGGGCCGCCAUGAAACAACCUGGACGGUCUUGCGAAAAUUUGGUUACGAGUCAAACUUAAAGCUUGGAGAGGACUAUCUCUACCCUAGGGUCCAUGUACCAGUAGGUUGUUCAACUGAGCUUUCUCCUGAAGGCAUCCAGUUUUUGUCGGCAUUGUUCGAGAAACAUGACGAAGACAAAGACCAGUGUCUCUCGCCAUGUGAGCUCGCUAAUCUUUUCAGCGUUUGUCCUACAGCUGCACUUAGUAGAGAGAUUCUUUCUGCUGUUGAAACAAAUCAGCGAGGAUGGAUUACAUAUGCUGGUUACAUGGCUUACUGGAACAUGACAACUUUGAUCAAUGUAUCGCAGACUAUGGAACAAUUAGCGUAUCUUGGAUUUGCUGUAGGACGCAGUACUCAAACUCGUGCCGGUUCUGUAGCUGACGCGAUAAAGAUCACCAGAGAGCGAAAAGUUGACCUUACUGAACGAGGAACUAAUCGAAGAGUGUUUCAGUGCCUUGUAGUUGGUGCUAAGGAUACAGGAAAGAGUGUAUUUAUGCAAUCUCUGGUGGGUCGCGGCUUAUUGGAUGCGAUGCAUACAGGCAGGAGACAUUACCCAUAUGUCAUAAACCGAGUGAAAGUCAAAGAAGAAUACAAGUACCUGUUGCUCAGAGAGGUCGAUGUGCUGCAACCGCAGGAUGUACUGAGCAGCGCCGAAACAACCGCUGACGUUGUCGCUUUUCUUUAUGAUAUUAGUAAUCCAGAUUCAUUUGCUUUUUGUGCAACCAUCUACCAAAAGUACUUUUAUAGGACAAGAACUCCAUGUGUGAUCAUAGCGACAAAGAUUGAACGAGAAGAAGUGGAGCAACGAUGGGAGGUUACACCAGAAGAGUUCUGUCGGCAACAUGAGCUACCCCGUCCGAUAAAGUUUACAGAAGCUCAGAUUGGUCUUGCAAGUGGUCCAAUAUUUGAGCAGCUUGCCACUAUGGCCGUUUAUCCGCAUCUUCGACGAGUGUAUUAUCUUCACGAUUCUAACCUACUUUCCAAGAUCACGUUCGGAGCAGCUUUGGCAGCUUUAGCAGGAUUCUUAGAAACCUCAUGUUCGCUUAUCUUUGCGAACUAUCACUUCGUUCCUGAAUUAAAUUGCCGCACUUCUUCGGUUCAAGACCUCGUAUGUAUAUAUUGCGGAAUGUCAGAAUGUGAAAAAGAUGAACCCCAGCAAGCUGUGGAUGGAGUCAUGCCAAAGGAAGAUGGUGGUACCGAUGAGAAAGAAGAUGAUGGAGGAAAUUGCGAUAAUACAUCAGAGAUUACAGGACUUUCCAAGCACGCGUUGAAAAAGUUAAAAAAUCGAGAAAGAUGGCUGGAACAUCGCAAACGCAAACGAGUCGAAGAAAAGCAAAGAAAGAAAGAGAAACGUUUAGCCUUGAAAGAAGCUGGCCUAGGACAGCAACUACGACGAUUUCGUGGCAAAACAAUGGAACAAUCCGCAUGCAAGGUUCGCAUUGCAAUCGACAUGUCGUUCGAUGAUUUGAUGUCGGAGAAAGAUUGUCGACGUACUGUACAACAAUUGAACUGGUGCUACUCUGCGAAUAGACGAUGUCCGGAGCCAAUGCAAUUUUAUAUAAGUUCUUUCAAAGGACAAUGUAGGAAAAUUUACGAUAGCAUUGAAUCAAACAAGAAUCAAGAUAUUUAUUUGAAAGAUGAGCCUCUGGAUGAGUUGUUUAGGCCGGAAGAGAUUAUCUACCUCACUGCUGAAUCGGACAAUGUUUUAUCUGACUUGGAUGAUUCAAAAGUCUAUGUAGUAGGUGGUCUCGUCGACCACAACAGCCAGAAAGGCUUGUGCUUAGAACUGGCAGUUCGCCAAGGCUAUGGACAUGCUCGAUUACCGAUUGAUGAGUUUGUGGAGAUGAAAACGCGAAAGGUCCUGACCAUCAAUCAUGUAUUUGAAAUCCUGGUGCAUUAUUCCGUAAAUCAUGACUGGGAAAAGUCGUUUUUCAUGGUGAUUCCACCACGAAAAGGAGCGACAAAGAAGGAGAUUCGCACAGGUGAUGAAAGCGAAGAAGUCGACAAGCAAGAUUUGUUAGAGUCGACUGAAGAAACCGAAGAACUGGAUUCUCCGGAUGUGAAACGUCUGGAGCUUGAGGGCAGCCAACAAUAGCGUUAUUAUAGCCUGUUAUUGUUGAUUUGUUUGUUGAGUGUGCAUAAAAUGACCCAAACA